AUACAAUAUAGCCUUCAUGCGAUGCUCUCCUCUUUUAUAAUCCUUAUAUGUGAUCUCCAUCUCCCACUCUUGAAGUAUUUCCUCUCCCAUUACCUUCUGUUUCCUCCCUAGAUUCCUCUCUCAAACCACCUUCUUCUCUCUUCUUCUUUUACACACCCCGAGUACUUCUCAUUGAUCCCAUCUAGCUAGCUAUAAUAUUUCUAGCCUUUUGUUGCUUGUUGUACACAGUACAUAAAAAAUAUUGAUCAACAAUAUUAUGGCUCUUGAAACAUGGCUAAUAAAGGUAAAAACAGCAAUAUCUCACAGUUUUGAUUCAGUCAUAACCUCCAAUCCAAUCCCAAAACCAUCAAAGAGAGCCUCAGUUGGAGUUUUAGCUUUCGAAAUCGCAGGUCUUAUGUCAAAGCUUUUCCAUCUUUGGCAAUCUCUUUCAGACAAGAACAUAAUUCGUGUGCGCAAUGAUUCUAUCUCUCUUGAAGGAGUACGCAAAAUUGUCUCCAACGACGAGUCAUUCCUUCUCGGCCUCGCGUGUGCUGAAAUGGCUGAGAAUCUUAGGCUCAUCGCCAAAUCUGUUUCGAGAUUAAGCAAGAGGUGUGAGGACUCGGGUUUGCGGCGUUUCGAGCGUUUGUUCGAUGAUUUUACCAACUUGGGGAAUGAUGCUAAUUGUUGGGUCUUGAGUUGGAAAGACAUGGAAGCCAAAACCAAGAAGAUGGACAGGUACGUGACUGUAACGGCGACGCUGUAUAAAGAGAUGGAGGAGCUGUCUACAUUGGAGAAUGGAUUAAGGAAAGCUUUACAGUGUGGUGAACUUGAAGGAACAACCAAAGAACAAAAGGUUUUGGAUCUUCAACAAAAGAUAUUGUGGCAGAGACAGGAGGUGAAGUACCUCAAAGAGAGAUCUCUUUGGAAUAGAAGUUUUGAUACGGUUGUCUUGAUCCUUGCCAAGUCCAUUUUCACUGUUUUAGCAAGGAUCAAGCUAGUUUUUGGCAUAGCACAUGGCUAUCCAACUUCUCUACCUCGCAGUCUCUCAGCUUCUGCAACAGUGCAUCCAACAGAGAACCCUACUACUUGUAACAUUGUGUCGGGGCCACUGAAGAGCUCGAAGCUUGAAGGAAAUAAAGACCCGAGCAAUGGGUUUUUCGAGUCGAAUUCGAAGCUUUUAAAGCCUCCGCCAACUACGCUUGGGGCGGCGGCUUUGGCCCUACACUAUGCAAAUUUGAUUAUAGUUAUGGAAAAGAUGAUCAAGUCACCACAACUUGUUGGUGUUGAUGCAAGAGAUGAUCUUUACUCGAUGUUACCAAAUAGUAUAAGGUCUUCACUAAGGGCUAGAUUGAAAGGAGUAGGGUUUUCAGCUAGUGAUCCAGUCCUUGCAGGAGAAUGGAGGGAUGCUUUGGGGAGGAUAUUGGCGUGGUUAUCUCCAUUAGCACAUAACAUGAUCAAAUGGCAAAGUGAAAGAAGCUUUGAGCAGCAAAAUUUGUCGCCAAAAACCAAUGUUCUUCUUCUGCAAACAUUGUUUUUUGCAAACAAGGAGAAGACUGAAGCUGCCAUCACAGAACUUUUGGUGGGCUUGAAUUAUAUUUGGAGGUUCGAAAGGGAGAUGACUGCCAAGGCCUUUUUUGAAUGUGCCAACUUCAAUGGAUUCUUAAAUCCUCAUCAGAGCUCCACCUAGGAAGACGUUUUCUUCUUGUUUUCAGUUUUGUUUUCAAUCUAAAGUUUAUCAUGGUUUUGAUCUUAAGAUUGAACUGAGCUUCAGAUCUUUGAGGGUUUGUUUUCCUUCUGGCCCUGAUCUGUAUAUGUCAAGUACAGAUAUAUAUAUGUAUGUACAUGUUUCGAUCAUUUGAGUAUUAAUUAAUCUUGCAAACAAUGCACGCUUAUGGCUUUCAA